AUACCUACAAGUACCUUAAUCUCUAAAACAUGAAAUUUUCGCAAGAAACUGAUUUUGCCGCCUCCCAAACAGCUCCUCUCCAUGUCGAUAACCAAGAUCUUAGUGGAAAGACCAUUGUGAUCACUGGAGGCAAUAGUGGCAUUGGUCUAGAAUGCGCUAGAAAACUAGCCACUAUGAAUCCAUCCAAGAUCAUCCUGGCCAGUCGCACCAUGAAGACCGCAGAAAAAGCUGUGGAAGACAUUAAGACUGAAAUCGGAUUCAAGAACGUGGAAGCAUGGCCUUUAGAUCAAGCGUCCUUCGAGAGUGUACAGGCAUUCGCUAAGAAGUAUAACGAGUCCGGUCUGGAUUUAGACAUCCUACUGGCCAAUGCUGGUAUGCUUCCCUUCACCCGUAGAGAGAUGGACAUGACCAGCGACGGUCACGAAGAAGUCUUGCAAACCAACCAUUUAUCAGCAUCAUUGCUUGCUUUGAGCCUUUUGCCAUCCAUUAGACGUACUGCCGCUAAAUCGACUCCCGCAAACCGACCGCGUAUUGUGAUCGUUGCCUCGGAUGUUCACUAUUGGGCUACUUUAAGAUCAGCGGGUCAAGACGGUAGUGUCAUCAAAGCUAUGAGCACACCUGAGUAUUAUAGCGAUGCACGCGAGCGCUAUAUGGAUACAAAGUUGUUAAACGUAUUCUGGACUCAAGAAUUCGCAAAGAAAAUGACCCAAAGCACGGUAGAAGAAGAUCACAAGAUUGUUGUAUCUAACUGCAACCCAGGCCUUGUGCUUUCCACCAACAGUGAUUUCAUGCGUGAGAACCUCCCACCACACAUCCUUAAAUAUGCCAGAAACAUGGACGAAGGCUGCAAAACUCAUUUGUUCGCUUGCAUUGAUCCCAGUGCUGGUACUCCUGGCGAAGCCAUCUUUUAUCAUAACUGCCAGCCAACAGAGACCGCAGAUAUAACCUUGGGAGCAGAAGGUGAUAUUUUGAGAAAGAGAGUUUGGAAGGAUACCAUCGAGGUCUUGCCAACGCUUGACCAAAGCAUCUCUGAGCCAUUAGGAUUAUAGAGACUGCCAUAUUAUAUUAGCUAUGACACUGGCGCUGCUAGAAUGCUACGAAA